UUCAUAUAAGGUGAAUUACAUUUCUCUCUUUGUCUCUGUCUCUUUGUGAUUAUGAAAAAGAAAUCAAGCUUAUGUUCUGAUCUGUUGCACACCCAGUAAGAACAAUCCUCGGUGAGCUUCAUGUUUAGUAAUUACUAAAUAGAUGGAUAUGUUUCUCUUAGAUUUGGUUUCUUUGACUAGUUUCUGGUUGAGCACUUUGAUUUCUAGCUGUGCAAACUCUUUCCAUGUUUGGGUCCGACGAGCAUUCUUUUCAUCUCCUUUAUUUUCUUGUUGUUCCCCAUAUAGACAUUGGAGGAUCUAUUAUACUUUAUUUCUGGUAAAUGGUAAUUGUUUUUUUUAUUUUUUCAUAUAUAUAUAUAUAUAGAAAACUUACUACCAUUUAGUUUGAUCAGGAACAAUAUAGAAAUAUAAGUUGUCAUAAGUUUGCAUUAUCAAAAGAAACAGGAUGUAUACACAAGUAUAAUUCUUAGAUUGUUUCUGCAUGUAUUGUGUGUAUUUUGGAACAUAAUUGUCAUAUGGGAUCAAUUCAGUAUUUCUUUCUGACCAACAGAUCAUGUAUGAUGUAUUGUUCAUAUCUGCAAUUUCAUAAUUCCUUUAGGCCUUGGCAUAUGUGUAUGCUGCUAAAUUUAUUUAUUUUUGAUUCUGUUUUUAGGAAAUCUCUGAUAGCAAAAAACUUUCGGCAUCUAGAGAUGGAAGACAAAGUUGAAUGGAAAGGAGAAGAAAAGGUGAAUAAGGAAGAAUUCCACUUAGCAAUCAAGACCAAGGGUGUAGAACCAGGUGACUCCAAGGAGGAAAAGACUCGUACAGAACUAGAAAUAAAGACCAAGUCACUUGAAAAAGUGAAGCCAAAGAACAAGAUGGAGGAAGAGAGAGACACGAAAAAGGAAAAAGAGAAAGAAGAAGAUGAAGAGUUGAAGAACACAGGGAACAAAGAAAAGAAGAAGGACAAGGAUAAACAAGAAAAGAUGAAGAAGAGCAAAGAUAGUGGGGGCUCAGAAAACGAUGGAGAGAUGGAUCAAAAAGAGAAAAAGAAGAAACACAAAAAAGAGAAGAAGAGCAAAGAUAGUGGGGGCUCAGAAAAUGAUGGAGAGAGGGAUCAAAAAGAGAAAAAGAAGGACAAGAAGACCAAAGGUAAAGGUUUAGAUGAAGAAGAAGAGACAGAGUGCAAAGAUGAAAAAUCGAGCGCCAAGGAUGACUCGAACCACACAGAGGAAGAGCUAGACAAAAAUGAAGAGAAGAAUAUAAAGAAGAAAAAGCACAAGCUAAAAGGAGAAAACGAAGAUGAAGAAGAGAAAAGAAAGGUUAAAGAUAAGAAGAAGGAGCAGAAAGAAGAGGAGAAGAAGGGUAAAAAUAAAGGAGAGGAUGAUGGGGAAAAUGAAGAUGAAGACAAUGAAGAAAAAGAAGGUAAAAAGAAGAAGAAAAAGGAUAAGGGAAAAUGUGAUGACUACGAAAAAGAGGGGAAGAAGAAGAAGGAUAAGAUGAAAGGCAAGGAUAAAAAGAAGAAGAAAGACGUGGAUAAUGAUGAAGAAGAGAAGACGGACCAGGAGGAGAGGAAGGAGCAACACAAAAAUGUAGAGGAUGUGGAGAAGAUGAAGGCCGAAGUUAGUUCCAGAGAGAUUGAAAUAGAAGAUGUCAAAGAGUCAGAGGAGGAGAAGCAGAAAGAUGUGGUCAAGGAAAGUAAAGAGAAGAAGGAUAAAGGGGAGAAGAAGCGAAAGGUUGAUAAGAAAGACAAGUGCAACGAUGUCGGUAAGCUGAAACAGAAGCUGGAGAAGAUUGAUGGCAAAAUAGAAGCACUCGUUGCAAAGAAGGCAGAUAUCAUGAGGCAGAUAAAAGAAGCUCAAGGACCGGAGACUUACUCAAAUGCAGCAGUGGCGGCAUCUUGAUCUGCACCUCCAUACUCCAUACUUUGCGCUAAAUGUAGUGAUAUUGUAUUUUGCUAAAAUAAUGAAUAACUUAAUCUGGUCGUUGUGAUUGGAUUUUCCUUUUGUUGUAGGAUGUGAGAGUUGCUAACCUAAUUAGUUUUGUCUCUAAUAAACUCCUAUUUGUUUUUUGAUGAAGGACAACUAAAUGUAACUAAAACCUAAAAGAUCAUAAUACAAAGCAUUAGAGGCUGACAGCGGAGGCCUUGUUCUGUUUACAAUUGAAUCAGCUGGAAUCAGGUCACUUUCCUAAAUCUUUUUCUUUCUUUUUUGACAAAAAGAAAAAAAGAAAAAGAAAAGAAAAAGAGAGUGAAGAUGCAAAGCACAGAA